AGAAGAGGGUGAAAGGCGAGCGCUUUCGCGUCCCCGAAAACGAGCUGAGAGCGGUUAAAAGGCGGGCGAAAAAGAGGUGGGACGCCGAGAGCGGCAGACGGACAGGCGGGGGCGGAGCGCGAGAGGCGACGCGACGCGAGGAGAGGAGAGGAGGCUGGCGGGCGGGGGUGCUGGCGGUGGCCUGCCAUGGUUAUAAAAAGUAACGGGGCGCGACGCGGGUAGAAACCGGAAGGCCCGCGGCAUCCCCAUCUUUCCUCCCCGUCCCACACACCCCAGGGCGCCGCCGCCGGCGCGGCGAGCUUCCUUCCUUCCCCCCGGGCCGCGCGGGCUGCCUGCGCGAGCAGGGAGGCAGGCAGGCGGGGCACGCGGCAACCACGUGGGGGCGCGAACACCACCACCCUAUGCUCUGUCCUCGCCCGCAGGGUAAGAUUGCACCAGCGGUGAAUUUGGGAGCUUGAAGUUGAUCCGAGACAUGGAAAAAGUGGUCUGCCGGGCAUAUCUCCUUCAAUGCAAGCAGUUCUUUUCGAAAGAAACUCUUGAUUGGGCUCCUGGGAACACCCACCUCUCCUCUCUGGUGAACUACACAUAGUGGCUAUAUGCUCCUCUAUGCUCAACAACAAGCAGGCUGAUGCGAUCUUUUCCUGAAGUUAUAUUUCAGUCUAUGCUAGACAUCUACAUGGUUAAUAUCUUUGCUGCAUUCAGCGGACACCUGUUGCUGCCCUAGUUAGUUUGUUUUGUCUUUUGUGUACCAUUUGAAGUCAGGGCUCAAUCCUUGCUACAUUUGCAACUUCAUAUUAUGGUUGCAGUGGGCUUGUAGUGAAACAGAAUCCCACACCCUGAGAUAAGAGAUUGCUCAGCUACAACUGGGCAAACACUUGCCUGUGUUGGCUGUUCAUAUCUCUCUGGAUUUGGUUAUUCUGAAGGGAAAAACUUGCAAAGGCAGCUGGGAUACUGUAACAAUGGAUAGAUUCAAGUUGAUUAAGGAAGUCGGUGACGGGACUUUCGGGAGUGUAUGGCGUGCUAUAAAUAAACAGAAUGGCGAAGUUGUUGCUGUUAAGAAAAUGAAGAAAAAGUAUUAUUCUUUUGAGGAAUGUAUGAGUCUGCGUGAAGUCAAGUCCUUGCGGCGCAUGAAUCAUCCUAACAUUGUGAAGCUCAAGGAGGUUAUCAGGGAAAAUGAUAUAUUAUACUUCAUAAUGGAAUACAUGGAGUGUAAUCUCUACCAACUUAUGAAAGAUAGGAUCAGACCUUUCCCAGAGUCUGAAGUCCGCAACUGGUGCUUUCAGAUUUUUCAGGCUCUUGCUUACAUGCAUCAGAGGGGCUACUUUCAUCGUGACCUCAAACCUGAGAAUUUGUUGGUUAGCAAAGAUGUCAUAAAGCUAGCAGACUUUGGUCUUGCAAGGGAAGUCUCAUCAGUGCCACCCUACACAGAAUAUGUCUCAACUCGUUGGUAUCGAGCGCCGGAAGUCUUGCUCCAGUCAUCUGCUUACGAUUCUGCAGUUGAUAUGUGGGCAAUGGGUGCCAUAAUGGCUGAGCUGUUGACACUCCAUCCUCUUUUCCCUGGCACCAGUGAAGCAGAUGAGAUUCACAAGAUAUGCAAUGUUAUCGGUAGUCCAGAUGAGCAAUCUUGGCCCCAAGGAUUGUCUCUUGCAGAAGCCAUGAAGUAUCAGUUCCCACAGAUCAAAGGCAAUCAACUGUCGGAGGUGAUGAAAUCCGCUAGUAGCGAGGCAAUUGACCUCAUAUCAUCACUAUGCUCAUGGGAUCCUUGCAAGAGACCAAAGGCCACAGAAGUGCUCCAGCACACCUUCUUUCAGGGUUGUACAUACGUUCCACCUCCUGUCCGGCUGAAAGUUCUCCCUAAAACACCUCCAUGUGUUGGAACAAAAGGAGUUUCAGAGAACAAUGUUGCUCGAAGAUUCUCAACUGGAACUCUAUCUACGAUGAAAUCUCAUAGCAGUGCACCCACAAAAUUAAAUAGUUUAUCUAAGACUGGUGUACAAAGAAAACUUCACAUGGAUCGUCAGGCGCCACAGAAGAGUACAAGAUCAACUGAUAACAGCAAUAAACUAACUACAAAUCGGGUACCGGCUCGGAAUAGCCCAGGGAACCCUGUACUAAGGCAUUCGCGCAGUUUGCCUGAAACUGGCCGCGGAGCAAUGCAAAAGGUCUCAUCAAUCACAGAGAAACUAUCCCAUAUGUCUGUGACAUCCAGAACGCGGAGCACUGUGAAGCCUGCUGUCCCGAUGUUGAAAGCUGGACAUGCCAAGUCAGACUUCCUUGGGAAGUCUGAUGAUAUCCCUCCAGCAAAGAGGCUGACACGAAAAUUGGUCAGCUAAAUGAGUUCAUAGAGUGAUCGAAAAUUUGGUCAGCUGCAGGAGGGGUGUAGAGUAUACUGCGCAAAACCAGUGUGCCGAAGAGGAUAGCACAGCAGGCUGAUGGUUCCUCGAAUGUGCCAUCUCCCUAAUUUCGCUGCAUUCAGGCGACAUGCAUGGUAGAUUGGGUUGCAAAUUCCGUUGUAGAGUGCUGGAGUCUGCUGAUGCUACCCUCUUCCGGGCCGUUGAUCUGCUUUUUGCCUGCCUCAAGCUUGCCCCCUUGUUUAAUAAGCAUGAUUGUGCUACUAAUUUGAUUUGGUUUGUUCAUGCUAUGUUUCUCGCGCCAAUCCUGUCACAAACUGUUUGUUUAUAUGCACAUUAACAGUCUGUAAACCCAUGAGCCCCACAAGGGAGAGAACAUUUGGUUUGGAUGUACAGUGCACAAGUUUUUGGUGAGCA